CACUGCUUGACGAACAUCAACUACUCAGCAUCACCAGCAUAAUUCUCUUUCGACAUGGCUUCCUUGCCUCUGAGGGUACGUAUACGCCCUCAUGCACCCCUGCCAACCCAGCCUUUUCUCUUGCCUAUCCUGCCGCCCCCGGCGAGUAGCUCCAGCAAAGAUCGAUCUGGCAUGGAGACUGUUGCUGACUUGGCCAGACAUCUUGUGGCCAAGCUCAAGAUCGCAAAUAGCGGCAAGGCUGUCGAGGAUUGCCUAGCCUUGUAUUUGGGUGGCUACAGGCUCAUCGACUGGGACUACAGGAUACACGAUGUCAUGCGGGAGUCAGACGUCCUAGACGUGUAUGCGGCCGACAAGCUGCCAGCAGACCCUUCUGACGAAGAGGAUAGAAGACGUUCCAGGAGUCGUCAUUCCUCGUCCAGGAGGAAAAGGAAAUACUCAUACUCGUCCUCGUCGUCGAACUCAGCCAGCAGCUCCAGCGAAAGCGACGAUGAGCCAAGGCAUCGCUCUCGCUCUCGAUCGCACAAGCAUAGCCACAAGAAGUUCAAGGCCACCGGCAGAUCCGCAUCAAGGUUUACAGCUAUCAAACAAGAGUCAGUCACCCCCCUCCCAGACGCCUCAAAGCCCGUAGCGACCGCUCAGCGAGACAGAGAGGAGGAGGACAUUAUGGCUGAAGCGUCCCGCAUUAGCUUGCUCAUCAGUAGCGAAGUCGGUCAGCGAGGAAGGAAGAAGAAGAAGCAGAUGCCGCAGGAAGAAGAGCUCAAGAUGCACUCGUCGCGAGCGGCGAGAGAGGACGACGAUGACGACGGCGGCCUACCACCACCACCGCCGAGUCUAGGAGCAGGCUAUGGCGUCUCGUCAUCAACACCCGCUAUGCCCACUUCACCAUUCGCGAUGCCAGUAAGACCAUCGGUAGGCACUGGUAGAGGAGCAGUUGCAGCGAUGUCUGCCUUUGAGGCUGCUCGUCAGAUGCGUCAGGCGUCGCCAAAGGAGGGUAAGCCUUCCCCUCCAAGUAUCCAAGCAGCAAAAGCCAAAGCAGCUCCAGCCGUUGCCUCUUCUUCGAGCAGCAGCAGCGAUUCAAGUAGCAGCAGCAGCAGUAGCGACGAAAGCGACAGCAACGAAUCGGACGCAACGAGCGAUUCCGAUGAGCAUUCGUCUUCGUCUUCGUCUUCUUCUUCUUCUUCGUCCUCCUCCCCCUCGUCCUCUUCUUCUUCCUCAUCCUCAGCCUCGAAAGCGCGGCGACUAAACACAGCCCCCGCGAAGGCCCGUCUUAGCACGCCGCCUGGUGGCUGGGUACCUCCUGGGCAAGGCCUUCAGCGCACAAGACGCGGCAAUCAGAAGCGCAGAGCCAAAGCGCGCGAGCAGCGGUUGAAGAUCGCCGCUGAGGCAGGAGCUAAAGUGGUCAACGUUCAGGGCAGCACGGCAGCAAUGAAGAACUUCGACGGGGAUGAGGUGACGGCCUCCGUAAAUGGCAAGGCUGGCAGAGCGUCCUCACCCUCUUCCCGCAGCUCCUCCUCCUCCUCUUCCUCCUCGUCGUCUUUCUCCUCGUCUUCUUCAUACGCCGGAGAAGACGAAGCCGCUCAGGCAUUGGUGCAACGACCGACCCAGCAAGUGUCCCAACCUACGCCGAACACACCCUCAUCGCCCAUCCUAGGCUGGGCGCUCGAUGUAGAGCCCACCGCCCCCUUGGUCCCAUACCUCGGCCCACCCCACCCAUACAAGACGGCCGCCUCCGCCCUGAUGUUAUCACACCAGGCCAUGCCCUCUCCUGCACGCUCAUCCUCAUCUUCCUCAGUAGCGCAACGCCUCAAGGACCGAGAGGGAGAGCUGGAAGCCUUGCGCGAGAGGAUCAGGAAGGCGGAGGAGGCGAAAAAAGCUGCAGCGCGAUUGCCGCCGGGUGCUGGACUAAUUGAUUUGGACUUUACAAGUGGAGCUACGCAGAAGCAAGGCAGCCCGAGCGAGAAGGGGGAGGAAGUGCCAGCAGUCAAUACGGCGGCUCUACCGUCCAGCAGCGUGGGAGCUGUGAAGGGCAAAGUGACAUCGCUGACCAAGCCCAAGCCACCCCAAUCAUUAGCGAUAGCGGGACCAUCGUCGCGUGCAUCGUCUUCUCCUGCUCGCACGGCCGAACUCACUGCCAAGAGUACGGCAAAAGCAGUCAAGCUCGGCCUUCCCCCGAAUCCAACAGAUCGACCCAUCGAUGAGCUGCCGCGCAACAUUCUCCUUACGAGCGUGGACUGUGAGGCGUGGUAUAAUGGGGCGAGCAAGGGAGAGUGGCUUUACGAGCCGAAGAGGCUGAAGAAGAGGAAUAAGUUGAUCAGGGCAGGGGCAAGAGGUGCUGAGCUGGACGGUGCACGAGAGCAGAAGGCUGCUUCAGGGGAGCCGAAAGACGAUGAAGCGACUUCGUAUCAUCGCAUGCAAGCGAAGAUCAAGGAGGCGCUUAGGCGAGAAAAGGAGAGAGAGAUGAAGGAGGGAGCGGAGCAAGAGGAGGAGGUUGUGUCGGCGACGAGCGUCAGCGACGACGGUUCUGCACUACCGAUGGAAUUUGGCACCCAGAAGGGCCGCGCAAAGCAGAGGAGUGGUCGCACUCUCGGUGAGGCUGCUGUUCUUGACGGUAAAGAGGAACAGGGAGAUCACCCCGCUUCGACUGGUACGAUGCAGUCAGGCUCGGAAGUACAAGUCAAGGCACAGGACAAGCCUCCUUCGGCAGCCCUGCAAGCCUCGAUCGAUGCUCUACUUCAGGACGCCUCGGCAACGCAAAUGGCAGCGAGGGCAAGCGCGACCUCGGACGGGCCUACAACGCGUCUCCAGGCAGAGAAGAUUCAACAAUCCGCAGCAGCAUCGAAGCCAGUCAAUACCGUAACGCCUUCUGUACCUCCUCCAGCCGCCCCAACGACUGGUACGACAAAUGGCGUCGCCUCUACCGGCCCCGGCACUAGUGCCAAGAAGCGCCAAUGGGUGGACCACGACGCCAUCGCGCUGGGAAAGACACCGGCGAUAAAGAGGAAGCUGGCCGCGAACACAAAUGGCGCAUCUGGAUCGCAGUCCCCACCCAGUGCUGCAACAGCGACUUCACCGCCGACGGAUCUGGUUCCGCCUGCUGAAGCGCCGAAGCCGGACGAUCUGGACUACGGGGAGCCGGACGCGGAUGUCAGGCCAACAAGACCUGCUCGCGCGGCGAAGGCAGCGCAGAGCAAGACGACUGCAACACAGGGAUCUCCACAGAAGGCAUCAGCCCCGACUCCAGCUGCGCCGCCGACCCCGAGGCGCAGUAAGCGCGUAGCAGAGCAGGAGCAAGCCGCCGCUGAGGCUGCUGCUGAGGAGGAGGCGACCGCAGAUGCGGAGAGCAGCGCGCCCGUGUCAAAGUCAGCCGUGGACUCCCUGGCUGAGGCGAGACAGAAGGCUCUCAUGAGCUUGAUGGGGAAGCGCAAGGGGAAGACAGAUGGUGGGGCCACAGGCACGGAGGCAAAGUGACACGAGAGCAAGAGUUCGUUGAGAAGGGCGAGGCGGGAUGCUGGUUGUUGCAGAUGUGGUCACAAUGACAGAGGUAGUACAUUCAUCCAUCUUGAAUCUCAUUUCUAUCCGAUGCCAUCGCUGUCAUCCUUUGCGAAUCCACUCUUCCUCCU